AUGACGCAAACUCUCGAACAACUUCGCUCACAAUCAGCUUCUUUCGGCAACGAGCCUCUUCUCACCCUCCCAAAUGGCGAGGUCCUGAAUCUGGCGAACGGAUACAUCCCGUUAUUGACAAACUUCACUCAUGAAGACAAGGCAGCAAAAGGUCUUCGAAAACGAAAAGCCGGACAGCAGCCGGAGACUCCCAUAUACUUCUCCGCUCUCGAGCUGGUAAGCGACAACGCGAUACUAUUCCUCACGGGCGCAAGUGGCAGUGGCAAGACCACGUUCGCGAAACACCUCAGUUUUGCGCUGGCAACAACAGGACUUGAUAAGCCAUCGCCUCUCAUACGGAAUGAACUCGGGGACAUUCAUGACGAGAUAUGGGGAGGCGGUAAACUUUUACCUUCAUACUUCGCUACUAGUGGACUCGAGUCUCUGCGAACUCUGACUGAGCACACCUUGCCCCGGCUGUUGGACCACAUGAACCACGACGGGGAUGGUGUCUUGAUCAUUCUGGAUGACAUUGAAGCGGCAGGCAAUGAAGACUCUCAGCGCGCCGCACUUCUGAUCGCGGACCUGGUUCCCGCAGCGUCAGAGGCUGAAGAGCGAAUCGCGAAGCUCGUUCUCAAAGUCGUCGAAGAGGGCCUGCUUUCGCCUGGCGACCGAGAACGAGCCGGUCGCGUCCUUUCCCGUCUAGGGGACCCUCGCGAUUUGACUGCGCUCGCAGAAAUUCCCGCAGGAAAUUUCAUUAUGGGUUCCGACAAUCAUCCCAACUCGCAACCGACGAACUCUAUCGCACUCGGCCGUUUCCGCAUCGGCAUCUACCCAGUCGUCAACAAGGAUUACUUGGCCUUCACCCGACAGACCGGCCGAGAUUGGUUCAGUGUGGACGGUGCGGACCCGGAAAGGCUAAACGCACCGGCAACAGAUCUCACGUGGCAUGACGCUCGAGCUUAUUGUUCCUGGUUAACAGUUCGCUGGCGUAAAAAGGGCAAAAUAUCGUCCACUGAGCACGUCCGGCUCCCGACGGAACCCGAGUGGGAACGCGCAUCGCGUGGCGAUCAGGAUGGCGCCGACGGCGACGGGCAAGUAUAUCCUUGGGGUUCGAAUUGGCGGGGAGAUGCCACGAACUCGGAAGAAACUGGUUUCAAUAACACUUGCGCUGUGGGUCUAUUCCCCAAAGGCCGGUCUCCGUAUGGCUGCUAUGACAUGGCUGGGCAAGUCUGGGAGUGGUGCACGACGCUUUGGGGUAAGGAUAUGGCAAAUCCUCAGUUCAGAUAUCCAUGGAAACACGACGAUAGAGAGAUUAUUGGGGCUGCUGGCGAAAUACGCAGGGUGCUGCGCGGUGGUUGCUUUUCCAGUCCACAGGUCAAAGCCAACUGCACAUAUCGUGGGAGUCUGGAGCCGGCCGGUUUCUGGCGCGGGAACGGUUUCCGUGUCGUAGUUGCGGCAGAACCUUCUUAG